AAGCAACCGAAUCAAUUCACUUUGGAUUGGGUCAGAGAAAUUCUCAUCUACAAUAUUCUUCUUCAUUUUUGUGCUUCUAGUUUUUUCACCAAUUGAAUUGCAAAAUUUGCUCACAAUAGAGACAAUGACAUCUUCAGUGAUUGAGGGUGGACACGAUGAGGCUAUACAUGAGCCUUCGGAUUUGAUCGUAGCAAAUAUGAAUCCUACGGUUGGAAAUCUUUCACUUCCUAAUGAAACAUUCUUAAAAGCUGCAAUCUCUCUCAAGGAUGAGGUGGUGGAAGUGAAUUGGAAUCGGAGAGAAGUGAUUGAUCCAACGGUGUAUACAGGUUUGCUUGGUACGGCUUUCACUUGCCUGAGAUCGUACGAGGUUACCGGUUGCCAUAAGGACUUGGUGUUAAGUUCGGAGAUCAUCGACACAUGUGCCACUGUUGCACGUGACUCCCUCAGACACGUGACUUUUCUAUGUGGUAGAGGAGGCCUAUACGCGCUUGGAGCUGUGGUUGCUAAUUACAUGGGGGACCUCCAAAAGCGUGACCUGUUUUUGGGUCUAUUCAUGGAGGUGGCAAACGAGAGAGCCCUCCCUGUUGGACCCGAGGAAGGCGGUUUUGGGAUGUCAUAUGAUCUUCUAUACGGACGAGCUGGAUUCCUAUGGGCUGCAUUGUUCCUAAACAAGCACCUAGGAGAAGAUACGGUGUCCAAAGACAUUCUAAUGCCUAUUAUUGAUGCAGUACUGGCCGGCGGUAGAGCAGGAGCGUCUGAUAUCAAAGACUGUCCAUUGAUGUAUAGAUGGCAUGGGACAAGGUACUUAGGUGCAGCAAAUGGCCUUGCUGGUAUUCUUCAUGUGCUCAUUCAUUUUCCACUUCCAAGUGAAUAUGCUGAAGAUGUCAAGGGAACUUUGAGAUAUUUAAUAAGUAAAAGAUUCCCUCACAGUGGAAAUUACCCAUCAAGUGAAGGGAAUCCAAGAGAUAAGUUAGUGCAGUGGAGUCAUGGAGCAACUGGGAUGGCUAUUACAUUGUCUAAAGCAGCACAGGUGUUUCCAAAUGAUAGAGAACUACGAGAUGCAGCAAUAGAAGCCGGAGAAGUUGUAUGGAAAAAUGGAUUGGUGAAGAAAGUGGGACUUGCCGAUGGCGUAUCUGGAAAUGCCUAUGCUUUUCUUUCACUCUACAAACUAACCAAAGAUAGUAUAUAUGAAGAGAGGGCGAAAUCAUUCUCUUGUUUCUUGUAUGAUAAUGCUAGAGCUCUUGCAGUUGAAGGGCAAGUUGUUGCGGAUGGCAAUGGCUACUCUCUCUUCCAUGGACUUGCUGGGACAGCAUGUCUUUGGUUUGAUCUGAUUGCACCUGAUAACUCUAGGUUUCCAGGUUAUGAAUUAUAGAUGGUUCUUCCCUAUAUAAAAUGGUUAUUUUGUAAUAGGAAUGCUGUGUGAAUAUGCAGGCAUGAUAAUGUGUACUAAAAGCCUGAUUUUUAAGACUUCUUUUAUAUAAAAUCAUCUUAAACUUAUAAUUAAAGUAGCGUCAACUAAAGAAGCUACUAGUAACGUCAACUAAAGAAGCUACUAGUAACGAGUGAACCGCCAAAUUGUGCCCUAAAAUCAUGAGUGUCGUAUAAUUUAGGACUUCAAUUUA